AUGUCUUUGGACAACUUUAUUCGCUUAGCAGAUAGUUUGGUGGAAUUCGAUUCUGAGUUUAAUGAAAACAGACUUCCCAUAUCGUCAUGUCAUGCUGUGGAAGUUCAUAAACUUGAGAUCAAAUCCACAUGGUCUAGAAUUAAGACGGCAUAUGACAAAUUUUUAGCGGACAGAGAUAAUAACGACGACGAAGAUGAUAGCCCCGUUGAUUUAGACACGUUCCGUACUAAAUACAAGACCACCUAUAUAACUUAUUGUAAUCUGCUGGCAAAACUUUCGGAAUUAGCUGAGAAACUUCGACAAGAUGCUUCCUCCAAAUAUGAUAGUUCCCCUAUUCCUACACAUUCAAUAGAAAUCAGUCGCUUAAAUACGGAUUCUUAUAGUUUCAAUUUACCACCAUGUGAUAUUGAAGUAUUCAAUGGAGACUAUAUGCUAUGGCCUACAUUUCGUGACUUGUUCACGGCCGUAUACAUAAAGAAUUCCAGGUUAAGUUCUGUUGAGAAACUAUUUCAUUUAACACAAAAAACUUCAGGAGAAGCCCGUGAAAUUGUACAAAAAAGCCCAUUGACAAAUAUGGGAUUUGACUUAGCCUGGACUAAUCUUUGUACACGUUUUGAAAAUCGUCGAAUUUUAGUCAAUUUGCAAUUGAAAGUCCUUUUUAAUCUUCAGUCGAUUUCAUCCGAAUCCGGAAUUGCACUCAAACAACUGCAACGCGAUAUUAAUUCUAGUAUUUCGGCUCUAAAGAUGUACGAUAUCGAUGUUGAAAGUUGGGAUCCGAUAUUCGUUUUUUUGUGUUCAAAUCGACUCCCUGACACUACUCUUACAUUGUGGGAACAAGGUCUGACAGAUAAAACUAGCAUUCCUAAAUGGGCAGAUCUUGACUCAUUUCUGACAAAUCGGUAUCGGACACUUGAAUCUGUAGCAGAGUUGCGUAAAACAAAUACGAACUCCAAAGUAUCUCUUUCGACAAGAAAAAUUAACAGUUUUCAAAAUAAUAUAGCAGCUCCAAGAUGUCCUCUUUGCCCCAAUGAAUUUCAUGUAAUAAGAAAGUGUCCAAGGUUUUUAGAAAUGGAUUACCCUCAGAAAUUCGGUCUAAUAAAAAAACUAAGUCUAUGCCUAAAUUGUUUUUCAAAAUUACAUUUAGUUAAGAAUUGCAAUAGUAAGAAUAGUUGUGGUCACUGUAGAAAGCGUCAUAAUACCUUGCUUCACAGGGAUAACUCUGACCCUAACGAGUUAAGUGAAGGUACCACUUCAAAUUUAAACCCAAACUCAAUACCUUUCGUACAAAGUGAUAGUGAUCCAACUACAUCCACAACAAGUUCAGGAGUUUCGAUACAGAAUUGUUUUUCAAUGAAUUCGAAUGGUGUCCUUUUAGGAACUGCCAUAGUUAACAUUAGUCAUAUGGACAUAAAGUUUCGGGCACGUGCUCUAAUUGAUUCGGGAUCAGAGGGAACUUUGAUAUCCGAACGCUUGUUCAACCGAUUAAAAUUGCCAUUUAGGAAGACAACAGCUACAAUCUCAGGGCUAAACAAUACAGUAUCUGCUACUGUACGGAAAGAAUGUUGCUUUGGCUUAAGUUCUCCUUUGUAUAGUGGAAGUCAAAUUUCUGCAAAAGCUUUAGUUGUUCCCCAUUUAGCAGAAAAUAUUCCGUCACAAACAUUUCUUCCUUCAUCAUUCUCGGACUUACCUAAAAUUCCUCUUGCUGAUCCUUUAUUUCAUAACAGUGCGAAAAUUGACAUUUUGUUAGGUGGCGAUUUGAUUCCUUCAAUUAUGUGUUCCGGAGUAAGGACGUCUGUUUGUGGAUCUUUAAUGGCUCAAGAGACCAUAUUUGGCUGGAUUCUAACAGGGCCCGUUUCGACAAAAUCUACAAGUUCAAAUUCAAAUAUUGUUUCUUAUUUCUGUGAAAUUGCUUUGGACAAGGAAAUUUCCAAAUUUUGGGAGGUGGAGGAUCUUCCUCGGGAAAGGUUUAUAUCUCCAUCAGACAAAAAGUGUGAGGAAUUAUUCAAAAUGACGACAAGGAAAAGUCCGGAAGGAAGAUAUAUCGUUUCUUUACCCUUCAAGGAGGGAUAUCCUGAGAAAUUGUGCUUAGGUAAAUCUCGGAAUAGUGCUUUGGCUCAAUUUUUUCGGAAUGAAUCUAGACUUCUCCGGGACCCAUCGUUAAAAUCGGAGUAUGAUAGAGUCGUCCAAGAAUAUGAAGACUUAAAUCAUAUGUCCAAAGUUUGUGAUGAGUCCUUAAAUGAGUCCUUGACCUACUAUCUUCCUCAUCAUGCCGUCAUAAAGCCCGAAAGUACUACCACUAAAGUUCGUGUAGUAUUUAAUGCCUCAUCCCCGUCAUCAAAUGGUUUAAGUUUAAAUGAUAUUCUAUACCCGGGUCCUAUUUUACAAAGGUCAGCUGGUUUUUCUUUACGGAAAUGGACAGCCAAUGUGAAAGAUAUUCUCGCCGAUCUCCCCUCAAAUCACUUACUUCAUGAAGACUUCUUGGAUUUCGAUGAUAGAAGUACAGCGAAAACAUUGGGCAUUAGAUGGAAUGCGGGCUCAGAUUCUUUUUACUUUGUUCCAACAGAAUUCACCGAGCCUUUGAAGUUCACUAAAAGAGAAGUUUUGUCACAUAUUGCCCGUUUGUUUGAUCCAGCUGGAUGGCUGGCCCCGUGCGUUAUCGUGGCAAAAAUAUUGAUGCAACAAAUAUGGGCAGAAGGAACUGGUUGGGAUGAAGUCUUAUCUCCUCAAUCACUUGCCCAAUGGAAAAUAUUCCAAUCGAAUUAUUCGUACAUAAAAGAUAUUCAUAUUCCUAGAUGGAUAAAUUUUGUUCCGAACUCCAACAUUCAAUUUCAUGGAUUCUGCGAUGCCUCUGAAAAGGCCUAUGCAGCGGUAUUGUACAUACGAAUAUCGAACAAUGACACUGUAUUCACACAUUUGAUCUCUUCAAAAACUAAAGUGGCUCCUUUAAAAACUAUUUCUAUACCACGUUUGGAACUUUGUGGAGCUGCCCUUCUCGCGGAAAUGAUUGAUUCACUUCUUCCAAAACUGGACAUCGAAAGAUAUGAAACUGUUUGCUGGACAGAUUCCACGAUCGUUCUAUCUUGGUUGGCUAAACCUCCGUGUUUCUGGCAAACCUUUGUCGCGAAUAGAAUAUCGAAAAUAUGUCAAAUUAUCGAUCCUUCACUUUGGCAUCAUGUGGCAUCGGAAAACAAUCCUGCUGAUAUUGCAAGUCGUGGCGUUUUGCCGCAAGAAAUGGUUCAUAAUGAUCUUUGGUGGAAAGGACCUACAUUUCUCCGAUUUCCAAAUGAAAUGUUUCAGGAUUUUGAUCAUAUUCUAGAAACAGAUCUGGAAAAGAAGCCAACAAGG